AACCCUAACCCCCCUCUCCAACUUCACUAGGGUUUCAGAACGAAGGCGGACCAACCUUCGUAAGAGUAGCUCGAUUGCAAUGGCAAGGAUUAAGGUACAUGAGCUCAGAAUUAAGACGAAGGCAGAUUUGUUGAGCCAGUUGAAGGAUCUCAAGGCUGAACUCGCUCUUCUCCGAGUCGCCAAGGUCACCGGUGGUGCUCCUAACAAGCUCUCCAAGAUAAAAGUGGUGAGGCUGUCAAUUGCUCAGGUGUUGACUGUGAUUUCACAGAAACAGAAGGCUGCUCUUAGGGAAGCCUACAAGAAUAAGAAAUUCUUGCCUCUUGACUUGCGUCCCAAGAAGACCAGAGCGAUUCGCAGGCGUCUUACCAAGCACCAGGCAUCAUUGAAGACAGAACGCGAGAAAAAGAGGGAGAUGUACUUUCCCAUGAGGAAAUACGCCGUCAAGGUGUAGGAGAGUAUCUAUGGCCAUGGAGAUUUCGGCACUUUGCAUCUAUAAAGCUCAUUCUACUGGUGGAUUUUUAAAUUUUGUUUACUUGUAUUUUGAACUUUGGUGGUUGAAUUUCUCCCAAUGCUAAGAAGGUGCUAUUAGUUUUAAUUUGAAACUGCAACAGUGAUUCGUAGGUAUUUUUGGCUCUUGUUUAUUGCUGGAUGAUGCUUGUCGUGUAAUGUUUUUUUGGACAUGAUUUUGUUCCUUGGGAGAGGCAAAUGGGCAAUGCUAGCAUUGCUUUUAUAUGUCGUAUUCUCUCCUCUUUAGCUGGGUAAUGGUUUAAGGUUCGUUUCCUUGAAGGUACUCGUUUGUUCUGAAGCCUAGCAUUAUCCCUACGCUAACUCGUUAUGGAUCGAGGGAGCAUUAUGGUUUGCAUAU